CGCGGACCAGGGAGCUCCUGUUCGACCUGUAUCGUCUCGGAAGUACAAGGGGAGAGAAGGAAAAGGAGAGUGAUGUUUGUAGCGGCUGCUAUGCAGAGAAGAAACCUGGAAAAGGAGGAGACUGUUAGAUGCCUGCACUGAAGAAUUGGACCACAGCACAGGGUAAGGGAGGAACCACCAGACAGACACACUCCGGCCUUUUCGUAAGCUCCUCCCUUCGCCUGAGCGUGCGGCGGAAGACGCACGCAGGAAGGGGCGGAGCCAAGGGCACUAAGAGCGCGCACGCGCGGGUCUCGCGAGAGCAGUGGAGGGCGGAAGCACAGUUAGUGCAGGAUGCGGUUCCUGGUUGCGUUGAUCCUGCUGAGCGUCGUAGUGGCGGUAGACCUACCGCUAGAAAACUCUAGCCAGUCGCAGCCUCCGGCGACGGGAGACGGCUCUAGCAAGGGGAAGUCCCAGGUGCAGUCCACAGAAGAUGACUCUAACAAGGAGAAGCCCCAGCUACAGUCCACGGGAGUUAACUCUAACAAGGAGAAGUCUCAACUGCAGUCCUCGGGAGACGGCUCUAGCAAGGUGAAUCCCCAGCCACAGUCCACGGGAGACGGCUCUAGCAAGGUGGAUCCCCAGCCACAGUCCACGGGAGACGGCUCUAGCAAGGUGGAUCCCCAGCCACAGUCCACGGGAGACGGCUCUCGCAAGGUGGAUCCCCAGCCACAGUCCACGGGAGACGGCUCUCGCAAGGUGGAUCCCCAGCCACAGUCCACGGGAGACGGCUCUCGCAAGGUGGAUCCCCAGCCACAGUCCACGGGAGACGGCUCUCGCAAGGUGGAUCCCCAGCCACAGUCCACGGGAGACGGCUCUCGCAAGGUGGAUCCCCAUCCACAGUCCACGGGAGACGGCUCUAGCAAGGUGGAUCCCCAGCCACAGUCCACGGGAGACGGCUCUCGCAAGGUGGAUCCCCAGCCACAGUCCACGGGAGACGGCUCUCGCAAGGUGGAUCCCCAGCCGCAGUCCACGGGAGACGGCUCUCGCAAGGUGGAUCCCCAGCCGCAGUCCACGGGAGACGGCUCUCGCAAGGUGGAUCCCCAGCCGCAGUCCACGGGAGACGGCUCUAGCAAGGUGGAUCCCCAGCCACAGUCCUCGGGAGACGGCUCUCGCAAAGUGAAUCCCCAGCCGCAGUCCUCAGGAGAGGGCUCUCGCAAGGUGGAUCCCCAGCCACAGUCCACGGGAGACGGCUCUAGCAAGGUGGAUCCCCAGCCACAGUCCUCAGGAGAGGGCUCUAGCAAGGUGGAUCCCCAGCCACAGUCCACAGGAGACAGCUCUCGCAAGGUGAAUACCCAGCCACAGUCCACGGAAGAUGGCUCUAGCAAGGUGAAUACCCAGCCACAGUCCACAGAAGAUGGCUCUAGCAAGGUGGAAUCUCAGCCACAGUCCGUGGGAGACAGCCCUAGUAAGGUAAAGCCCCAACCGCAGUCCACAGGACAGGGCUCCAGCAAGCAGAAGCCCCAGCCCCAGACCACGGGAGAUGACCCUAGCAAGGAGAAGCUGCAGCAGCAGUCCUUGAACUCCAACAAGCUGGUCUCCAACCCCUCCUCUGAUAACAAGGAACCCCCCAAUUCUGACUUAAACAUACCAGCUGACAAAGAUACCUCUCUGCAUGCUUCUAGAGGUGAAUCUGGGGAGACAGUAUUACUGGACUCUGACCCCACUUCUCCACAGCAGGAGAGGGAAGGUAAGUCUUCAGAGCUUACAGAAGAUGUGGAGCCCAAGAAGGCUGAGGAAGGCGAUACAGAGCCUGAAGGUUCACCGCCCCAAGAAGAGAAAGAGAUGCCCGGCCUUGCCUCCAGUGAGAACCGUGAAGGAACACUUUUGGAUUCCAUGGGUAGGGAGAAUGAUGACCUUUAUAAAGACAGUCUUGGAAGUGCCAGUGCAGAGAGCAGCCACUUCUUUGCAUAUCUGGUGACCGCAGCCAUACUUGUUGCUGUCCUCUAUAUUGCCUAUCACAACAAGCGGAAGAUUAUUGCUUUUGUGCUAGAAGGAAAAAGAUCUAAAGUUACUCGACGGCCAAAGGCCAGUGAUUACCAACGUUUGGACCAGAAGAUUUGAUUUCUCUGUUCUUGAGAACUUUGUCCUCCCUGCUGAUUUGUUUUUAAAUCAAGAGAAAUGAAGAAAAAAAAGUACUGUGACCUAAGAGACACCCCCUCCUCUAGGGUUUGGUGGCAAAUCGGGCCUGGCAGAGGCGGGGGGGUAUUGCUUAGCUUUUUGCACCUGCACUUUGGUGACCUUGUACUCCUGUGUCCCCAUCACCUAUGCUGGUGUCUUCCAUCCUUUCCUCCUCUGAGUGUGAGUAGAGGGAGCAUGUGGGAAGCCAGCUAUGACCAAAGGGAGACCUCAGCCCCAGGCAGGCUGCUGCUGCUGACUGCCUUCCCUUGGGCCUUGGCCCUUUCGUAGUUACCCCUUGAAAACAAACAGCAUUGCACCCACCACAAGUUAUCUUUGCAGACCUAGGAGAAAACUAGGUUGAAAAGUCAACCUAGGAGAAAACUCACCUGCAGGUUGAGGUGCUUCUAUACCAAGGCCUCAUCUGGAGGGAUGUGCCCUACAAAAGAUGUAGAAGGUGAAUGCUGACGGGCAGAGGGCUACUUUGAAUACGUAAUUCUCUUCAAAGGCUUCAGCAGCAAACCCAAACAGCUUUUAAAAAGUGCUUUAUUGCCUGCAGUCCAACCUGUCUAGUGUAAGUUCUUCACAUUUUCCUGAUAUUUUCGUAUUACUUAAGACAAAGUGAGUCAACUUCCAUUUGGUUGUACUGAGCAUAAAACUGAACUUGGGGAUUCUGGAAGUAAAGCUGUAAAGCCACGGUUCCCAUCACAGAUUUUUUAAAAUAUAGUUAUGAUUAUUGAAAAUAC